UAUUCCUCCCAUGAUCCUUUUCUGUCAAACGCUAUUUAUGUUACAUGACCAUCGUAAUGCAUACAGUGUCAUUGUUAGUCAGGAAUAGCAAAAAGCAGUUUUAUUAAGGAAUUUAUAAAGCUGUCGGAUCGAAAUUGACCAUUUCUAACACUGUUAAAUAGUCCCGUGAAUGAUGGACGUCAUGAAUACUGUUGAUUUUCAGACACAGUUAACAUCCAUAAUGGAAAUGCUGGCAAAGACAGCGAUUGUUGAAAUAGGCAAACUUUUCGAGGAGAAUUCGUCUUUUGUGCGAUUAGAGAUAUCACGAUGUACAAAUCAAAUCGAGUCUCUGCAACAGAAAUGUCAUUUACUGGAGAACGAACUUCAAUCAGCGAGAAAAACCGCAUCUGAGAAGAUGAUGAACGGGACAGAUGCUGCAUUCACACAUUCACCACUCACAGAAACUGCACAUCCUCCUGCGAUCCACAAUGUCUUCGGUAAGGAAUGGUGCAUGAAUAUGUGGAGACACGAGGAGUCAAAUGUUGGUCAAAAGGAGGAGAGACAUGUAGAUUCUUCAGUCAUCACAGGAGAGUCACCAAAUUUCAUGGAUGAUGAACUAGGCAUGACCACGAUUAAGGAGGAAGCAUGUGAGGAUUUCUCUGUGAAAGAUAAAACUGAGGAGGAUCAAAGUAACAGUUUGAGAGAAAUGCAGGUUCAAGUGGAGUACGAGGGGAACCUGAAAUGGGUCCGAAUCCCAAUGAAAAAUGACUGCUAUGACUACUACCAAUUCGUUCAAGAAGCUUCUACAAAGUUCAACUUGCCAAAUGGAACUAAUUUGGUCCUGAAAGACUCUGGAGAAGUUGAAGUUGAUUCUGAUAUUUUUGAUGAGUUAGUGAGAUCAUCUAAACAUCUGUCUUUCAAAGUUUUCAGUGGUGAUAAGUCUGCUGAAAGAGAGUUGACAUUUUCAUCAGUGGAAUCAGAAAGUUCAAGCUCCACAGUAAUUCCGCAGCCUACAAAGGCACACAGAAGAAAGCAGUUAGAAGCACCUCCUGAUUGUAACAGGUCAAGAGAUUUGGUUUAUGCAGCUUUGCGCACAAAACCAGGAGGCUCGGAUAUAUUGAAAGAGUACAACCAAACCAAGAGACUGUCUGACCAAACACGAAGGAAGCUGGUCAACAUCCUUGUGGCGGACAUGGUAGAGAGUCAUGGGAGGGUCCCACCAGUCAAUAUGCGCAUAACAUAUGCUCUUGGAAUUGUGACACUUUUCCCCAAUUUGAAGGAUAAGUGCUCACCAACUGGUUACGAACAGUACUAUGAUUCACUCAGUGGCAAGGGUUACCUUGCCUACAGAUUGAAAACAGUUCAGCGCAACUCAGGAAAUAGCUUGAAGAGGACAUCAAAGUCAGUUUACCAAGAUGGCCCCAAGACUCUGCGUGUGACAUCAUUAACAGCCGAGCAGCUAUCUGAUGACAAAUGCAGAGAAGCUGUUUCCAUGAUGAAACAUUCGACAGACCAAGCAAUUGUUAAGGAGAGAAUGAAGGCAACAUUUGAGUACAGACGGAAUAUGAUGCAUGAUCCAGACAAGUCUUCACUCAUCCUGGAUUUCUUUCCCCGGUUCUUGGAUACACCAGGCUUGAUUGACCAAGACUUCACAAUACUCUUUGGAGAGGACAUAUCAGGCAAGUUCAUUACAAAUUGGCCAACAUUCUACAAGCCUAGGAUAAUUACUGACUGCAAAAACCUACGCUCUGGUGCACAUGUGGAUAACCUUCUGUCUGCUCAGCAGGACUCUGAUUAUGGAUGGGACAGUGACGUGGCAGCUAUCCUUCUGCUGGUUCAUCUCUUGCCUCCAACCGUCAAAGGAAGGAAGACUGGGAAAAUCAGUGCCACUGAAGCUGCUGACCGUGUGGUCAAGUUCAUGAAGGUAGGAAUGAACAUUGGGAAGUUCCUUGACCAAGUUGGAUCAUCACAGCCUUUCCUUCUCUGUGUUGGGGAAAAGAGGAGUAAUAUCCAGAAGUUUUACAUCAUCCUGGACCAGAAGGCCAUCCCCUGCAUGACACAGACAGCUGUUGCAGCCUUUGACGAACUCUUUAAAGCGCACUUUGUGUUUGCUGUAUCCUACGAUGAGGCCUUAUGCAACUUCUACACAUUCAUUCAAACAACCGUGUAUGGAAUUGAUGUGGGCACUACCAAGGAAAGUCCAAGGGUCAAGGAAAUCAGAGUGAGAUUUCAUAACACAUAACAGUAUUUUUCGCCGUCUUGCGGAAAAACGUAGUCAUGUUACAUUUGCAAGGUACACUAUAGAAGUUGUGUGCUUUAUUCAAACAAGUUUCAUAUUGGUUUGUACCCAGGGCAUUUUUUUGCCUUUAAAAUGUGGUGAAUUUGGGUGUUCAUCAGUGUUUUACACACAUUACGGAUUCCAGGAAAAUUUAGGAUUGCAUGGGGACUGUGCAGCCUCAGGUACUUUUGAAAAUUUGGGCAGCGGUUAUGUUGUUCCUGUUUCUGAUUCGCCAGCUGAGGAUCCUUCCCUCAAUUUAGGCAUCCACUAGAUUCAGUUGAAGUCAGAAGUUUACAUACACCAUAGCAAAAUACAGGUGCAUCUCAAUA